CUACCUCAUUAACGCAUUUUCAGGCAACAUUCCAUCUCCUUUCUCCACCCCUCACUUCUUCUGUUACCAUUACUUACAGACCUUUCUACAGACUAACCAGAGAAAUGGGGUUACCCGCUGUGAGCCCAACAAGCAAUUUUCGCAUUCCCUUUAUAUGUGUUCUCGCUACCAUGUUCUUCUUGUUAUCGACCAUCCCAUGCCAAGCCCAGCUAUCACCUACAUUCUAUGAAAACACCUGCCCAACAGCCCUCACUACGAUUCGGACUGCUGUAAGGUCGGCAAUCGCACGAGAGCGUAGAAUGGCGGCGUCCCUUGUUCGCCUCCUUUUCCACGAUUGCUUUGUUCAGGGAUGUGAUGCAUCAGUCUUACUCGAUGACUCUCCUUCAUUUGCAAGCGAGCAGAACGCGCCUCAGAAUUUCCGCUCUGCAAGAGGAUUUGAAGUCAUCGCCAAUGUAAAAUCUCAAGUGGAAAAUGUAUGCCCAGGAGUUGUAUCAUGCGCGGAUAUCCUUGCUGUUGCGGCACGGGAUUCUUCUGUAUAUGUGGGUGGCCCAACAUGGACGGUGAAGCUUGGAAGAAGAGACUCCACAACUGCAAGCCAAUCCCAAGCAGCAAGUGACCUUCCAAGGUUCACAGACAGCCUAGAAACCCUCCUAGAAUCCUUCAGUAACAAGGGCCUAAAUGCAAGAGACAUGGUUGCACUCUCAGGCGCGCAUACAAUCGGUCAAGCAAAAUGUGCGGCCUUCCGAGAUCGAGUCUACAAUGGAUCCAAUAUCGAUGCUGGCUUUGCAAGCACUCGCAGACGUGGUUGUCCUUCCGUCGGCGGGAAUGAAAACUUGGCCCCACUUGAUUUGGUUACACCCAACUCAUUCGACAACAACUACUUCAAGAACCUGAUCCAAAGGAAGGGUCUGUUACAGUCGGACCAGGUUCUCUUCAGUGGAGGAUCGACGGACGGUAUUGUUAAGGAGUAUAGCAACAACAGAGCCACUUUCAAUGCGGAUUUUGCAGCAGCAAUGGUGAAGAUGGGUGAUAUCAGUCCUCUGACUGGCACGGCUGGGCAGAUAAGGAGGGUGUGCAGUGUCGUCAACUGA